AUGAGUUCCCUCGCGAGCCACCCCUUUGCCCGGCAAAUCCGGAGCUACAUCGAGAAUGCCCAGGCACACCAGCAACAGGGGCACAGAGGGGCAGAGGCUGGCAACACCAACGAUGACGACUACGCCGACAGCGAGAGCUUCGUGCCGCCCGUCGACAUCUUCAACACCCCUAACAACUGGACCGUCCACCUGUCCGUCCCCGGCGCCAAGAAGGACGACGUGGCCGUCAACUGGGACGCGGAUAAGUCGUUGCUGGCUAUUACGGGUGUCGUCCACCGCCCCGGCAACGAGGAUUUCCUCGCCGGCAUGCUCUCGGGUGAGCGCAGAGUAGGCAUGUUUGAGCGCAAGAUCCGGCUACCGCCGCUCACGUCAGCUGCUGCUGCUACUGCUGCUGCUACCGCCGCGGCUGAGAAGGAAGAGGUCGAUGCCGACCACAUCACGGCCCGCAUGGAGGACGGCAUCCUUAUUGUCGUCGUGCCCAAGGCCGAGAAGGAGUGGACCGAAGUCCGCAAGGUCGAUAUUGAAUGA